AAGGAAUUAAAAGGAAAGUUACAGCGCUCUUUUAUCCUACGUCAAUGUCUCAGUCACGCACAUACCGCGCGCGCGCACACGAACAUACACCGACAACACACACAAUUUCCACAUUCCGUUUAAAGUUUAUUGGCGGACUGUGCAGUGCCGGGAGCCAGGCACACCGACACACCCAUAGUGAAAAGAGAGCGGCGGUGGUGAGUCAAUAGUUACUAAGUCAGUUCGUUAUUUAGGUUGACGUGAUGAAGAGUGCUUGGCAGCGGUCACUGCUGUAGGCUACUAAGCGUUUUACAGGCGGGAUACAUGCUGGCUGUGGCGGACGGGUUGACAGCGGUGUUGUAGGCUACGGGCAUCUAUUGGAGACGAGGCAACAGGUUGCAGCCAAUGGCGUUUAAAGAGAUGUUCUGUCAGUGGGCUCUGCUGUUGCUGUGUACUCUGCCUGUGAGGACCGUCCACUCAGAGGGAUCAUUUCAGUGUCCAGGAGCCACCAUUUUGGCCCAGUUUCCCUCUGUCCUACCCGUUGAGGCCUGCUGUCUGAACUACUCCGGCUCCACGUUCGGCCAUGUUCCCUGGGCCAUGCUCACCAACGGGACCAGACUACAGGUCCUGGACCUGUCUCACUGUACCAUCACUCAGAUAGACCUGGAGGAUACAGAGACCACACACUCUCCUCUCCAGGAGGUCUACCUGGGUCACAACAGACUGACCUCCAUCCCAGGGGACUUCCUGUCAGAUCUACCCAGCCUGAAGGUGCUGGAGCUGGGCAUGAACCAGCUGAGGGAGCUGCCUGAGGAUUUCCUCAAGGGAUCUGACGGCCUUCAGGAGCUGGAUCUCAGGGGCAACCUCCUCCGUUCUCUCCCCGCCUCUGUGCUGUCUCUGCGGGGUCUGCAGAGGCUUGAACUGGUGGACAACCCCUGGGACUGCUCUUGCUCCCUAGUGGAGGGGCUGGACAACAACAACAACAACAACACCAGCCUGCAGGGCAUCGUGGGUAACAUCACCUGCGCGUUUCCUCGGAGCCUGGCGGGGCGGCUCGUGUGGUCGGUGGCGCCUGGUGACGUCUGCCGCCCUCCAGGGCUCACAGCGCUCUUCAUCCUCCUGCCCCUCCUCAUCCUCCUCGGCCUGGUCCUCUGCUGGUGCUGUGGGAGGAAGAGGAAGAAGAAGGAGGCGCCCGCCUUCGGCUCCUCCAAGAAGAAGGCCUCCCACUCUCAUUCAUCCAACGGUCACCAACACCACCGAUCCAAGCCCCCGGCGGGUGGAGGAGGGGGUAACUUCCCCCCGGCGGGGGACUGCAGCAGGAAGGGGAUGUUGAAGAACCAGCUCCUCCUGCGACCCUCCUCCACCCUUCUUGGCUCCACCAGGGACAUCUAUGAGGAGGUGGAGAUUAAACUAGAAUCUGUGGAGUCCCUCCCUCACUCCCUCCCCAGCUCCCCUCCCUCUCCUGGGUCCUACUCCCAGACAGAGGGCCCUGAGCUGGGCCUGGGCGGACAGGCAGAGCUGGAUGCGGUGAGUGUGACAGAGGUGAUGAAGGACUCAGCAGACAGGGAGAAGGCUUAUAUGACCCAGUCCACUGAAUACUACAGUCUGGUGCCAGGCAUUGACCUGGACGACUCAGAUCACGCCUCGGAUCAGGCCUCGAACCACGCAUCAGACCACUCCUCGAACCACGCAUCAGACCACUCCUCGAACCACGCAUCAGACCACUCCUUGAACCACGCAUCAGACCACUCCUCGAACCACGCAUCAGACCACUCCUCGGACCACGCAGAGUACGAGAGCGUUGACCUGUCGUGACAAUGGACAUAGGUUCGCUAGAAGGAGUGUGUCUCUCCUGAUACCAGAAACACUGACUGACUGAUUGGCUGGCUGGCUGACUGGCUGGCUGACUGACUGACUGGCUGACUGGCUGAC